CCUCUCCUCUCUCGCUUUUCUUACCCCCCUCUUCUUCUUGUUCUAGUCUUUUUCGGGUCUGUAUUACUUAAAUUAGAAGCUAUAGUAUCUCGGAAUUUCAGCGGACCUUCUCUCUACUUGUGCAGCUAUUCAGCUGGAACGAUUCCUUCUUCUUCUUCUGCGGAGAGAGAGACAGAAAAGAAGAAGAAGAAGAGGAAAUUCAGCUGGAGUUUUUUAUUAUUCCUUUUUCAGGGAGACCUGGUUUUCUUUUUCCCCGCUGCCGGGUCUAUUUCCUCCUUUUUCCAUUUCUGGGAUUUGAGCACUUGCGGCUCUUUUUGCUGCUGAGGGGAGAAAAAAAAAGAAAAAAAAGUUUGCCUUUUGGUGACGGGAGAAUUUUGAGGGUACUGGUUUGGUGGGUCUCUUGAUCUUUUUCCGGCGGGGGAACGAUCAACAAAGAGGCGAACGGGUUGAUCUCGGUUUUGUUUAGGUACCCCUUUUCCCUCCUUGUCUCAAUUCACUAGUGAAGAUUUAAGAAAAGCCCUUCUUUUUUCAGCUACCCAUUUCGUGUGCGGCUUUGAUUCUGAAUUAGUGAACAGGAAGAAAGAGGAAUAAGGUGUUAUGGUUGAGAGGCUGGGGAUCGUAGAUGCUCUGGUUUACAGUUUUUGCUAGAUCUCAAGCACGAAAAACUAGUCCUCCUGCCUCAUAUUCGCAGAAGCAGAUUGAUACGUCUUGGGAUUUGGCAGAUUGGUUUCUCUUGCUAUAAGAGUGGUCUUUCGAUUUCCUUGAUUGGAGAUUGCCUCUCGUUUGGAAGGUAAACAUCGAGGUGAGAUGAAUUGAUUAGGCACUCACUCGGUGGGGGCAAUGUUAAGAGCGGUCGCUCUUGGCUUACUCCUGUCUUCCCUUACUGUCUGUGCUUACGCCGAUGGCAACGGAUUCAGCUGCUGCGACGAUGAGGGCUUUUGGAGCGUCGAAAGAAUCUUAGAGUGCCAGAGAGUGAGUGAUUUCUUGAUUGCUGUGGCAUACUUUUCAAUACCACUUGAACUCCUAUAUUUUGUCAGCUUGUCGUAUGUGCCAUUCAAAUGGGUGCUCGCUCAGUUCAUAGCGUUUAUUGUCCUCUGUGGUUUGACACAUUUGCUCAACGGUUGGACCUACUAUGGCCCUCACUCAUUCCAAUUGAUGCUGUCCCUCACGAUUGCAAAGUUCCUCACCGCACUGGUCUCGUGUGCAACUGCGAUUACCCUUUUGACUUUGAUACCUCUGCUGCUCAAAGUGAAGGUGAGAGAAACUUUCUUGAGACAGAACGUUUUGGAAUUAGACCAAGAGGUUGAGAUGAUGAAGAGACAGAAGGAGGCUAGCUGGCAUGUCCGUAUGCUGACGCAGGAAAUUAGGAAGUCGCUGGAUAAGCAUACAAUAUUGUACACAACUCUGGUUGAGCUCUCUAAAACUUUGGAUUUGCACAAUUGUGCGGUCUGGAUGCCAAAUGAUGAUCGGACAGAAAUGAUUAUGACCCAUGAGUUGAAGUUAAGUUCAGGAAAGAGUCGCUCCAUCCCGAUCAACAAUGCCAAUGUGAUAGAGAUAAAAGAGAGCAAGGGUGUGAGGAUUUUGAGGCCAGAUUCAGCCCUGGCGGUUGUUAGUAGUGGUGGGCUCGAUGAGCUAGGUGCUGUGGCAGCAAUCCGCAUGCCAAUGCUUCGGGCAUCGAACUUUAAAGGAGGAACACCACAGUCAAUUGAUACACAUUAUGCAAUACUAGUUUUGGUUCUUCCACAAGCAAAUCCUAGAGAUUGGAGCGACCAGGAAAUGGAGAUUGUGGAAGUAGUUGCUGAUCAGGUGGCCGUGGCCCUUUCUCAUGCCACAGUUCUUGAAGAAUCUCAUCUUAUGAGAGAGAAACUGGCAGAACAAAACCGCGCUUUGCAACAAGCUAGGAGAAAUGCUAUGAUGGCUAGUCAGGCGAGAAAUUCUUUUCAGAAGGUGAUGAGUCAUGGGAUGAGAAGGCCAAUGCACUCAAUUGUGGGCCUGCUGUCGAUUCUUCACGAAGAAAAUAUGAACCCUGAACAAAAACUCAUUGUUGAUGCAAUGGAGACAACUAGUAAUGUCCUCUCUACAUUAAUUAAUGACGUGAUGGAGAUCUCUGCUAAAGAUGAUGGGAAGUUCCCUUUUGAGAUGAAACAUUUUCAAUUACAUGCUAUGAUCAGGGAAGCCUCUUGCCUUGCCAAGUGCCUCUGUGUUUAUAGGGGCUGUGGUUUUGAGAUCAGUGUCCGAAGUUCUCUCCCCGAUCAGGUUAUGGGUGAUGAAAGGAGGACUUUUCAAGUGAUACUGCAUUUGGUUGGGUAUCUUUUGGAUAUCUAUGAUGGAGGGGCUAAUGUUACUUUUCGGGUCUCUUGUGACGACACUGAGGGGAAACAUGACAAGACUAGGGGUCCGCAAGUGAUAAGCCUGUCUAAUGAGUUUGUAACUAUAAAAUUUGAAAUUGAGAUUGUGAGUGGAAGUGCUCCUUCAGGUGGCUUAAUUCCUGGAAUGCAGUCAGCUGGUCGGAAUCGUGGCAGCGACAACAAUAAAGAUGCCCUGAGCUUCAAUGUCUGCAAAAAGCUUGUCCAGAUGAUGCAAGGUAAUAUCUGGAUUGCUUCAAGUUCUCGAGGUCUUCCACAGAGGAUGACACUUGUUCUCAGGUUCCUAAGGCAAAAUUCUCGGGGAAAAGCCAUGUUGCCUCCUGGAAAUCCCAUGGAGCAACAAAGCCUGGAUUCUCUUUUUAGAGGCCUCCGGGUUCUAAUUGCAGAUGAUGAUGAUAUUAACAGGACUGUGACCAAAAAGCUUCUUGAAAGGCUCGGUUGUCAAGUGACUUCCGCUUCGACGGGUCUAGAAUGCCUUAGUGCCCUGAGCCAUACAGAUAAUUCUCUACGAGUGGUUUUUCUGGAUCUUCACAUGCCCGAUAUGGAUGGUUUCGAGGUUGCAAUGAGAAUAAGGAAGUGUCGCAGCCGUCACUGGCCAUUAAUCAUCGCACUGACGGCAAGCGCUGAGGAACGUAUCUGGGAAAGGUGCCUUCAGAUGGGAAUGAACGGCGUGCUAUGGAAACCGGUAGUCCUGCAACAGGUGGCCGAUGAAGUUCGACGAGUAUUGCAGCGAGCAGGCGAAGCAGUAUGAUGAGGCAUAGGAGGUGAUGAAUUCAUUAAUAGGUAGUAGCGCCAUGGCAAGGGUUGUUUGUCUCGGGUUUCAGACAUGUGGGUCGAGCAUUUCUGGAUUGUAGUUUACAUAGAAGUCAACACUUUGGCAGAUCACUCUGAGGUAGCAUGAUUCUUUAUUUGUUUACUAUCUUGAGUAGGUGAUCUCUGAAUGUUAGUGGCAGUGCCGCAUUUUUCUUCGCUAAAGAUGGAAUCUUUGCAUGUGUUAGAGAGAGAGAGAGAGAGAGAACAAAAUCUAUGCCGUGUAUAUAUCAAGUUGCAAUUUUUAAGGCAUGAAACACGUUUACAGAUGUUGACUGGCUCUAUUAAGAAGGCUCUUUCCAGUU